AUGCCUGAAGUAUAAGAUAAAGCGAGGAGGAAUAAUAAUGAUCGCGAGGAGUCGAUAUCUUAAUUAUUUUUCAAUUUAGUUACAUGUACUUUUUAAACAGAGUUUGGUUAUAUUUGUUUGGAUGUGUGUGUGUCUAUUAGUUUGCAUUAUAUUUCCUAAGAGUAUGCUGUAUCAAUUUAUUAGAAUAAACCCAAUAGCAAAUGCAGGUUAUGGUUUCUCAUUGACUUGCGUAUACAGGAUAUUAACACCAUUUGGUUUUGGACUUAAUUAAUCAUUAAUUAUGCAUACAUCAUAAGCAUUGGGAGCGAAUAAAAUAACUCUUGCAAAAGGGUACUUUAAUUUAAAUCUUUACGUGAUUCCUGCAACACUAAUUCUUUUGGGAAUUUUUCUUUUAAUUUUAAAAUACCCUCUAAGUUUAAUUAUGGCAGAGGAUUAACGAUAAUAAACAUCUGAU